AUUUAUGAUGAGGUUUUUCAGGCACACCUACUUUAAGUCGUUUCAGGAGUUGGCGCAUGUCAGCAGCUUUCGGAUUCCCGUUUUAAAUGCUUGGUAGCAGACACUCAAACCGAUCACUCUGUCAAAAUGUUUUGGAAUAUACUUUGUCACCCGAUCUGGGUUAUUUCUACAGCGGUGCUGGCGAUUGUUGUGCGCAUACAGAGGAAAGGGUCUUGGGAUCCUUUAGCCUGCGCGGUGCGGCUGAAUGGGAAGACUGCUAUUGUGACAGGAGCCAAUACAGGGAUUGGGAAGUUCAUUGCCAUGGACUUUGCACGUCGCGGGGCUCGCGUUAUCCUGGCCUGUCGAAGCAAAUCUAGGGGGACAGCAGCACUUGAGGAAAUCAAGAAGAAAACAGGGAACUCUGACGUUCACCUGCGUAUUGUGGACCUGUCUUCUCUGGGCUCUGUCAGGGAAUUUGCUAAGGGGAUUCUUGAAGAAGAGAAAGCGCUCCACAUCCUAGUCAACAAUGCUGCAGUUUCCGGUUUACCCAGGCAGAUAACCAAAGAUGGGUUAGAUGCUUCUUUUGCCACAAACCACCUGGGACCAUUUCUUCUCACCAACUUGCUGCUGGACCUAGUGAAGCGCUCAGCUCCGUCACGUAUUGUCACCGUCAGCUCAAUGAACCACAAGAAGGGUGAAGUGGACUUCUCUCAUUUUCAUGGCGAGAAUCUCACCUAUCACAUGGAUAUCGUCUACAACCACACCAAGCUUCACAACAUCAUCUGUACCAAUGAGCUAGCACGCAGGCUACAAGGGACAGGUGUCACCGCAAACUCUGUGCACCCUGGUGUUGUCAUGACAGAAGUCAUGAGACACUAUCCACGUACCAUUCGUUAUAUUUUCAACCUCAUUGGAUUUUUCUUUUUCAAGACUCCAGAGGAGGGUGCUGUCAGCUCAAUCUACUGUGCAGUAGCAGAAGAAAUGGAGGGCAUAACUGGGAAGUAUUUUGACAGCGACUGCUCCCUGGUUCUUCCCGCCCCUUUAGCUCGAGACACUGCACUCGCGGUCAAGGACUUUGAGAUCUGCGAGAGAGUGACAUCAAAGCUCUGAAAGAACUAUGAUAACACAAAAGGGGUCAAAUUCCACUGACUUACUACACUUCUUGAAAGAACAGUUCUGACAUAUUACUUUACUCUCGUUUCUGAAUGCUUUUCUAUUGGUAUUUUAAAGGGAUGUGUUUUUUUGUGUGUUUUUUUAAAAGGAAUUAAAUCCUGUCUUGAAUAUUUGUAAAAUGACCCCUACCUGCAUUUGUGUGAACAACAGGACAAAUACGGUUAAUAGUUUAAUAUUAAAAACUCACUAUCAUCCGUGAAAAUGGUCGAUAUGUUUCCCUCUCUGUAAGAAAGGCCUGUUACUUUCAUUAUUGUCUGUGAAUGAGUGAAAUGAAAGACUUUCCUUAGAGAGAUGCUGACACCAUGUGGCCACC